AUGAGUAAUAGUAAAUUACUUAAGUAUUUAGAGAGACCUUUAGUAUCGAAAUCUAUAGCAAGUCAGCCUGUACUUAUUUCUACUAGCAUAGGGAAUUAUUUAAGAAAACAUUUUGAUUUGUUGAAGCAGGUAAAACUUCAUAUACAAUUUGAAUGUAGACCAGGUGCUCGAUUUCCUGAUUUCUUGCCGUGGAUAAAACGGAAUUUGCCUGAACUUAUCAAGCGACACGGACGCGUUACGCUUUACAUCUGGCUUGGGACCUGUGACGUUACCAGGAAGAAUGGGAAGUUCAUAGAUUUCAGGGAGAUCAGGAAGGUUCAGCGGGAGGAGAUAUCAUUGCAAGGCUCUACAAGAAGAAUUAGAUCCAGACCAACGGUUUUACAUGCGGAGAGAGCAGAUACAUCUACAGAUUUGCAUAAUGACCUACAGAAGAUGAUAGCUUCACUUCAAAGGUUAGAACAGAAAAUAGAUGACAAUUCAAAAAGUUUUCAACAACUGAAUAAAAGGGUUCAUCAGUUAGAAAACAAUGCACCUGUACAAAGUCAUCAGAAAAUGGACCAAGGACGAAGCCAAAGUUAUAACAAUAGGAGUAGAGGUCAUAAUAGAGGCAAAGGUCGAGGUCAAAAUUAUGCUAUAAAAACAGAAGAAGCAGACUCUCAGUUAAAAGAGUAACCUCUUCUAUUACAGGGCGAAUGGAGGGGGAACGAGAGAAUAGUAAAAGCCCUAAUCAAAAUUCAAAUUUAUUAUCAAGAAUGGUAGGUGAACCGAAUGAGAGCAAAAUAUAUAUUAACGGAGUUGAAACGGAAACCUUGAUUGAUACCGGUUCAAUGAUCACUUGCAUGUCAGAGCAAUUUUAUAAUUUGUUUGAAAAUAAGCCUGUUUUGCGUGAUAUUGAAGAUUUUGAAUUGAAGGUCUAUAGUGCUGAGGGUAGCGCAUUACCAUUUUCAGGUUAUGUAGAGGUAGAGCUUAAGAUCCCUUUUCUAUCUUCUAAACCAAUUUAUGCACCCGUUUUGGUCACAAAAGGAACAGAAUAUAGUAGUAAGGUUCCUAUAAUUGUGGGCACUAAUAUUAUCAAAAUAUGCAGAGUUCUCACAAUAUGAGGAUUUAGAGGUACCAGAUGAGUGGGAAUUAGCUUUUUCAAACUUAAGUGCUAGUGGGAUUCCUGUCAAAACAACUAACAGAUAUUCUAUUACGAUUGGACCACAUGAGGUUAAAACCCUGUCGGGGAUAGUAAAAUCAGUGAAUGCCAAUAAUGUAGAUACAGCUAUUACAGAGCAAACAGAUACAUUUCCAAACCAAAGUCUUUUAGUCUGUCCUAGGGUUGUGUCUAUUAAAAAUGGUAAAACCUCAAGAGUUCCCGUGCGGGUAUGCAAUAUGUCGCCUCAAGCUAUUAAGAUUCAACCAAAGUCUGUAAUAUGCAAGUUGAGUACCGCCAAAGUUGUUGAUUCUUGGGAACCAUCAAAGACAAUUGCAAGUCAAGAUAUCUCAAAUGUCAAUUUAGUAGAAUUAGGAGUCAAGGUUAAUGAAACUAAUUUGUCUGAGGAUCAGGUAGAAAAGAGUUAUGAUUUCUUGAAUAGGUGGAAACAUAUUUUUUCGACGUCCUUUAUUGACAUUGGAAGAACCGAUCUAGUAGAACACGAAAUAAGGUUGUCAGAUCAUACACCGUUCAAAGAACCAUACAGGAGAAUACCACCUGCAAUGUAUGAAGAGGUAAGGCAACAUCUUAAAGAAAUGCUAGAGGCCGGAGCAAUUAGAGAAUCUAAAAGUCCAUAUUGUUCGAAUGUGGUACUUGCUAGAAAAGCUGACGGUUCUCUUAGGUUUUGUAUAGACUUGCGAAAACUAAAUAACAGAACCAUUAAAGAUGCUUACAAUCUUCCUAGAGUGGAUGAGACAAUAGAUACUCUUUUGGGAAGUAAGUAUUUUUCAAAGUUAGAUCUUCGAUCUGGUUAUUGGCAAGUUGAGAUCAAAGAGGAAGAUAAGCAUAAAACAGCUUUUUCAUUAGGUCCUUUAGGAUUUUAUGAAUGUAAUCGCAUGGCUUUUGGAUUAACCAAUGCACCCGCUACGUUUCAGCGAUUAAUGGAGACUUGUAUGGGUGAAAUGAAUCUUAAAGAGUGUUUAAUAUUUUUGGAUGACAUUCUUGUCUUUUCAUCUACAUUUGAAGAACAUUUAGAGAGAUUAGAGGGUGUAUUCACUAGAUUAGAAAAACAUAAUUUGAAAUUAAAACCUUCCAAGUGCGAGUUUUUCAAAUCGGAAGUAAAAUAUUUGGGACAUGUUGUCUCAGAAAAUGGUAUUCAAACAGAUCCUGAAAAGAUAUCGGCUUUGAAAACCUGGCCAGUCCCUAAAAAUAUUAAAUCAUUACGUUCCUUUCUAGGAUUUACUGGGUACUACAGGAGGUUUGUCAAAGACUAUGCAAGGUUAGUAAAACCCUUGAACAAUCUCUUGGUAGGACAUCCAACAAAUAAAAAGGCGAAAUCGUCUAAGAGAAAGAAAGUACCAUGGAUAUGGGGUAAGAAAGAACAACAAGCAUUCAAUAGUUUGAUAGAAAAACUUACUUCACCCCCAAUAUUAGCGUUUUCAGACUUUACCAAACCUUUUAUUGUCAAUAUAGAUGCAUCCAAAGAUGGUCUUGGUGCUGUUUUAUACCAAAAUCAAGGCGUUAAAGACAGAGUAAUUGCGUAUGCCAGUAGAAGUUUGCGACCAAGCGAAUGUAAUUACCCUGCCCACAAGUUAGAAUUUUUGUGUUUAAAAUGGGCAUUGUGUGAUAAAUUCCAUGAUUAUCUGUAUGGAAAUACUUUCCAAGUCUAUACAGAUAAUAACCCAUUAACUUAUGUUACAACCACAGCCAAACUAGAUGCAAUGUCGCAUAGGUGGUUGGCAUCCCUUUCCAAUUACAAUUUCAAAUUGAUUUACAAAACUGGUAAAUCUAAUAGAGAUGCUGAUGGGUUAUCUCGCAGAUCUACUGAAGUCUUUCCUGAUGUUAUAAAAGCUUUUACUUCUGCUGUUUUAGUUGAGAAGGAGGAACUACCACUCGCAGAAUGUAUUGUUUUAUCCCAG